GAAUAGAAAAUAGAUGAGCAGUAACAGACAUUUGAUGAGGUUUCAAUCCGUUUUAAACAGAUGUAUAUUCCAUCGAGCAAUGGAAGCGAUAUGUCUGAGAAGGUGAACGGACCAUGGCGAAUUAAGUAACCGAAUGAUGGUAUUAAAUGGAAGGGAAAGGCAAAUAAUGUUGUUGAAGAUUAAUGAUCGGCGGGAGAGAGAGAACUAUGGGAAUAAAAAACGAGCCGCCUGUCAGCGCCGGCCAGGAAGUGCACCGCGAGUCGGCCUGAGGCUCCACGGUGCGGCCGGGCCGGCGACAACUCCGGCCGGCGCGGAGCCCGAAGCCCGAAGCCCGCCACCCGGCCGCGACCUGCUGCGAGGAGGAUCCCCGCCAGGCCGUUCUGUUUUUCGCAGCAACUUCGAGUUUUACUUCCGCGGCCUACCGGUUUCCCCAGGGCGCUCGAAUUCAUCGCUGGCUGGUAACUGGUCACUUCACAGCUUCCACUGAAAACAAAACAUAAUGAAACCAGUCUCUCCUUGCAACUGAAGUCCUCAAUCCAGGCAAUAUGCUGGUGUAUCUCCUCUGUACUCUCUCUAGUCCAAACACCUCCUUUGUAGGUAACCAGAAGUGCACACGAACCAUGUCAGAACUGAAUGUAUAUGGCAGUGCCCAGUCAUCCAUCAGCUGUGAGAUAAAUGACAAGGUAAUGUCUCCUUGGACAGAAGGUCAUGAUGUCUAGGCUGAUUUCUACAGGUGCAUGUUACCUGACACAGAGACGUUUUUACAUGAAUGUGUAUGACCGAUCUUUAGUUUCAGAGAAUACGAGGUGUGUUUUAUCAUGUUUAAGGACACUCCCACAUUAUAAACAUCCUGUGUCGUUGCUGUCCACACUUUGUUCACUGGUGGAUGAAAAAAAUAUUGUUCUUCUGGGUGCUCCUGGUGCAAGGAAGACAAGAGUGGGGGUCAUUCUUGGCCUGUUGACAGGCUGUCCUGUGAUAGAUAUUGCUGAAAUACUUGAAAAAACCUGGCAUAUGAGUGUGAAUCAGAAGCUUCAGCAGAUUGGUGAUGAAUUAUUUUUGCAAGAGGAGGGUGAAAUACUUAAGAGCUUAUCAAUAACUAGAAGCAUUAUUACUCUUACUGCGUCCAAUCCAAUGCACCCCCAGAGUAUGUACCACAUAAAAAAGAAUGGGAUCAUUAUUUUUCUUGAUGUACCUCUUGAAGAUUUACUUGAAAGACUCGAAAGGAUGAAGAUAGAUCAUAUUGUUGGGCUGAGGCCUGGCGUUCCAGUACAAGAAUUUCUUCAGUGUAGACAACAAUUUUACCACAAGUGGUAUGACAUACGGAUUCUGUGUCAUUUUGGUGAUACAUCAGAAGCUGUUGCUGAAAAAGUUCUUGAUGCCUUGAAGAGACAUCAAGGCGCUAGUGCAUUUAUUUCCACAAGGAGUAUAGCUAAAACCCCUGAGUUAAUGAAAGAUCCCAGCACCUUCACUGAUGUUCUUAUUGAAGGCUUGGCUUUGGAUGGCGGUCUCUAUGUCCCUGCGGAUUCACUUCCAGAAAUAACGGUUGGAGAGUGGCAAAGGCUGGUUGAGGCACCUUAUACUGAGCGGGCUCAGGUCCUUCUGGAGAGGAGUGUGCACCCUGAUGAUGUGCCACCUAUUCAGUUGCAAAAGAUGGUGAAGAGAGCUUAUGGACAGAACUUUACAUGUAACAGCAUUGCACCGAUCAGACAUUUGACUGAUAAUCUGUUUCUUCUUGAAUUAUUCCAUGGGCCCACAGCAUCCUUCAAAGAUUUUGCUUUGCAAAUGAUGCCACAGCUAUUUGCUUAUUGUAUGCCUAGGACUUGCAGUUACUUGAUUCUAAUGGCUACAUCUGGGGAUACAGGGAGUGCUGUUCUGGAUGGUAUCAGUUGUCUCAGUGAUAACGACAAGCAGAGAAUAUCAGUUCUUAUAUUUUUUCCCGAAGAGGGAAUUAGUCCGCUUCAGAAGGAACAGAUGAUUAGUUAUGAAGGGGAAAAUGUAAAGACAGUAGGUGUCAAGUCUAACUUUGAAUUCUGUCAGACAACCAUGAAACAGAUUCUCACAAAUUCCAAUUACACUGGCUUUCUGGCAGUUGAAUAUGGGUCAGCUCUGAGCACUGCAAACUCAAUAAACUGGGCUUGUCUGCUGCCACAGGUAAUCUAUCAUGCUUCUGCCUAUCUUGAUCUAAUCAAGCAAGGCAUAAUUGCUUUUGGAGAUGCAGUUGAUGUUUGCAUUCCCACAGGGAACUUUAGCAACAUGUUGGCAGCAGUAUAUGCAAAAUGCAUGGGGAUUCCAAUUCGAAAAUUUAUUUGUGCUUCAAAUCAAAAUAAUGCUCUGACCAAUUUCAUAAAAACAGGCAAAUAUAAUUUGAGGUAUAGAACUGUAACAACUUCCUUAUCUCCAGGAUUAGAUAUUCUCAGGUCCUCAAAUUUUGAGAGAUUUUUACACCUUGUUGCACAUGGUGACGGGCAGCUGGUGAGGGAGUUGUUUUCGCAGUUGGACGAAAGGAACCACUUUCAGGUGCCAGAUACUUUGCUGAGGAGAAUUCAGCAUAACUUUGUGUCAGAUUGGUGUUCAGAGGAAGAGUGCUUGGCUGCUAUAGACUCAGUGCAUAAGUCUGCAGGAUACAUUUUGGACCCACACACGGCUGUAGCAAAAGUUGUAGCAGAUCGUCAGCAAGACCGAAGCUGUCCAGUUAUUAUUUCGUCAACAGCUCAUCCUUGUAAGUUCACAGCUGGUGUGUUACAGGCUUUGAGAGUUAAGGAAAUUGGCCAGCAUCCAAUCGAUCAGCUGCAGAUGUUGAUUUCCCUAAACUCAUUGCCUUCUGUUCACAAAACUGUGCUGCAGAGGAUUGGCAAGAUUCAUGUCCAGAAAACUGAAGUCUGCCCAGCAGAUCCAAAUGUACUUAUGGAUACUAUAGAAAAUUUUAUUCAACAAAAAUUCCUGAGAGUCAUUUAAAUUGCAUAAUUUUCACCUAUAAACUCGUGAUUCAUGAUGAUCCAAGUUUGAGGAAUAAAAACCACUUUAUGUUUUAAGCUGGAUUUGGAAGCAUUGUAUGUUCUCUCAUGAUUGGAUUGUCCUGGAGUACAUGUGUAUAAACCAAAUCAUGUUCCCUUAUGUGACCUUUCAGCUUCUAUCAUCCACUGAAAAACAGCUUUGACAUUAACAGAUUAUAUAGGAUAAAUAUUUCAGCAGCAAGAGGAGCAUUGUAUCUGCUACUGUUAAGCUAGAGGUUAUUGGAGAAGGUUACUUACCUAACAAUGGCCACAACAUAAUCUAGUUUGAAGUACUUAAGGAAAAUAAAGACCGGGACAUAUUGAAGGUAAAAUGCUCAACUGUGGAGAAGCUAAUUUCUUUUGAAGUUGAUUAAGAAAAGGAACCACCAGUUAGAUUGUAGAGAAGUGCAAUAUUGAAAUGGUGAAGACAGUCUUGGAAUAGUGUUCACCUGGUAAGUAAACAUAUUUACCUGAAUGAUAAAGAUACAACAUCCCAUACUACUGCAUUUGAAUGACAAGGAAGUAUAAAACAAGCAGGAAAAAAUGCUACUUAUGACAAAUAUCAAGAGCAAGAUUCAUAUACUACCCAGGAAAACAGUGGAAACUACAGAGAUCUGAAAAUGUUAUUGCAGUUUCUGAGAAAUUAGUAACAUUAGUCUAAAUUGCAAAGCGUUUUUUAAGUAAUAAUAAGGCCUGUGGUCAGAUCUUUGUGAAGGCAAUACAAAAUAUUCGUUUAACACUUGUCCCAGACAAUUAUGGCAGAAAUAUCAAUUGAGUUCUUUGCAUGUAAGAGCAAUCUCAAGUUUUGAAGGCUACACUAAAAGAGCAGAGGGAUUUUUUUCAACAGAACCUAGUGGAGAGAGGAGAAAAACAAAAAAAAUGUAGUUGAGGAAAGAAUCAAUGCUGAAGAUAGUGGAAUUGUUUGCAAUUUUCAUUCCUCAUUGGAUGUAGAAGUAAUGUCAAAGUGCGAAUUGUUACCUAAUAUUGUACAAUUACUCAAGGUAAGCAGUGAAACUAGGAAACAGGUAUGUCAGCCUAUAGGGAUUAUUUUACUCUUUAUUUUAUUUAGAAUUACAGGGCAGAACAGAUUCUUCCACCCACCAGCCAACUUAUUUAACACCAGUCUAAUCACAGGACAAUUUACAAUGACCAGUUAACCUUACUAACUGGUACAUCUUUGCACUGUGGGAGGAAACUGGAGCGCCUGGAGGAAAUACAUGUGGUCACAAGGAGAACUUAAAAACUUCUUACAGACAGCUCUGGAAUUGAACUUUGACCUCAGAUGCCCCACGCUAUCAUUGUGUCGCUCUUACUGUGAUGCCCUGUGGUAUUCUUCAUUUGUCCAUAAUAGAGAGAUGCAGCAAAGAAACAGGUUGCUUGGCCCAUCAUUUCUAUGCAAUCUUCAAGCUCUAUUUUUGUACUAAUCCUGCUCGUGUCCAUAUUGGUCCCCAUGCAUUCCCAUAUAGUCAAGCGACCACCUCUUAACUAUACACCAACGGCAAUUGGCCAAUUAAUCUAUCAACCUGUAUUUUUUUCUGGGAUUUAUGAGGAGACUGGUGCACCCGGAAACAAUCAAUGUGGUCACAGGGAGAAAAAACAAACAGCAUUGAAGGUCAGUAUUGAGUUGUGGAACUGUGAAGCAAUCAACAUGUUGAAGUUUAAUCCUGAAUUGCUGUAUUUAACUAGUUUUAACCACCUGGAGGGUCAGAGUUUCAAAAGAACAGGUCAGCUAUUUGUAACUGUGAUGAGAAAAGAGUGGUGAAUCUUUAGAAUUGUCUACCCAGGAGGACUUGUGUCGUGAGGAUAUUCUUGACAGAGAUGCUUCGACUUUUGGAUAUUAAGGGAAUCUAAGGAUAUGGGAAUAGUACAGGAAAAUAGUGUCAAUAUAAAAAACCAGGCAUAGUUUUACUGAAUGGCAAAGCAAGUGCGGGGGGGGGGGGGGGAAGGUGGUGAGGGGGCAAUUUGUAUAUUCCUCGUAUUUCCUUGUUUUUUAUUGGAGUUAUAAUUUUAUUUUCAAAGAAAUAGAUGAUAUUUAUCAGUGAAAAUUUCUUGCUGUUCCAAAUAACAUGCUUGCUUGUAUACAUGUAUACAUAUUAUCAUUGGCUCCUGAUAAUCAGUUCCAUUACUUAAACAAGACUGAUACAUCUUAAUUGUUAGUUUCUUAGUUUCCAAAUUACUUUGAAGAUGGUAAUUUAGGUGUCUGGUCUGCUGGUGUCUUCAGUGAUCCUGAUAAAUCAGUAUCACUCUGUCUAUUCUCAUUCUAGAAUGAGUAGGAUUUCUCUCAAGUAAGCGGUGUAUUAAAUAGCUUUAAUUGAUAUAAAAUCAUAGAACAAUUGUAUAGUUCCAAGAAACUCAAUUCAUGGAUGUAUUUGUAGAUUAAUGAUGAGAGAAAUCCACUUGUGUCAGUUGUCUCUGUGACAGGUGUUAAGGUUCCAGCUGGUUAAUUCAUAAAAUUUACUAUAAUAACUGACACUCACAGUCAACAUGCACAUGGGAGACAUUGUGUUGGAGUUGCCAAACAUGGCUCCAAGUGAUUAGCCCCUGGAACUUUUCAAUUUCCUACUAAUUCCUGGUUUCACUUUUGAAGGUCAGCUAAAAGGCCAGCCAUAACCAACCUCACCCAACUCCUAAGACCAAUCUUGGCUUUAUUGUAGGCAUAUUUUGUGUAAUAAAGAGCAGGUCUCAUGACAAAAGCUGUCCUUACCAGUAUUGGAAAGGUGAACACAUAAUUGAAUAUGAGGCAAUGCAUCUUUACUGUUGUUCCUUUCCAUACGCUGUAGCGCAUCAAGGGGCAAUCUUGCGGCUUCUUUAGCAUUUGUCUGUAUUUUUUAUGAGGCUGAGUUGCUUGCACAAUGCUCCACCUUUCACGGAUGGAAAGUGUGCAAGGAGCUGGCUGGAUUCAAACCCAGGACCACUCGCCUCGUAGUCCAGUGUGGAUACCACUACACCACCGGCCGGCUAAAAUACAUCUUUGAUGGCAUUCAAAAUGAACUCUGAGUCAUUGUCAUUCUGUAGAUAUAAUAAGUGGUUCUGCACAACUAUCAGUUAACUCCAUAAUUGAGUCCAAAGUGAGCCUAUCAUCCUUCUGCUUGUAUUUCUAAUCCUCCUCCGCAAUGGAAAUACAGGAUUAUGGAAUCACUCAAAGCAAAUUUACUUUGUAGAAUGAGAUUAAAUAAAAGCAAGUCCCAUUUACUCUAAUGUAGAACAAAAAAUAAUGUGGUGAGUCAGUGCAAUUAUGUGUAAAUAUUUGGUUCCAUUUCAGAAUUCUCAGUGGUGCUUAAAGAUUUUGUUCUACUUGCUCUGUUUUCAGCAAAUCAAUUUUGUUGUAAGAAAAGUAAAUGUUGACUUAUUGAGCAGAUGUUGUGUCCCAGAUUACAACUUUGAUUGGAUUUCUAAUUAUUUGAUUUGUACUGAUUGGAAAAACUGACUUGAAGACUAUUAAAUUUUUUUUUAAAAAACCUUUUUUAUUCUCUCAUUUCUUCAGGAGUGAGAAUGCUAGGGAGACUUUGUCUUUGUUUAAAUUAAGCUAUAACCAGCAGAAGUUGGCAAGGUGAUCCGAGCAAAAGCUAUCAGCCCAGUCAAAGUUCUGGUAGAUGGCGUUGCUAGUACGAAUAUAAAUAAAUGUUCCAGUCUUACAUGUAAAGAGCCUUUUGAAUACCAAAAACACUUAGUGGUUUUCAAAGUUUUAGGCUUUAGGCUGUAGACUCUGUGAAGGGGAAGAGUUUAUCUUGUUGAAUUUGGUUGUGUGGAGAAUAGCAUAAUUUGGAUAAAAAAAGUGAAAAUAGAUAAUGGAUUGGUAUUGUGCCACUUAAACUCACUUAGUUGAAGCCCAGAGUUAUCAUGAAAUUUUGAACUAAAGGCGCAAUGACAUAAAAUGAACUUUCCUGAAGGCAUUCAGUUGGCUUUUUUUUUUGGAUGAGCACUUGAGCAAUAAUACAUGCAGCUUUUAUGUAGCAAUGCAGGCGAACCUAUGCACCCAUUUUCAAUGUAUAACACAGUAACACACUUAUACCAUAACGUAUAGGAGCAAAAUUAGGCCAUUCGGCACAUCAAGUGUUCUGCCAUCUCACCACGGCUGUUUUAUUAUCCCUGCCAACCACAUUCUCCUGGUAACCUUGACACCUUGACUGAUCAAGAACCAAUGAAUGUCAGCUUCAAGUAUACCAAAUAACUUGGCCUCCACAGCUGUCUGCGGCAAUGAAUUCCACAGGUUCACCACCUUCUGACUAGAGAAAUUCCACCUCACCUCUGUUCUAAAUGGAUACCUCUCUAUUCUGAGGCUGUGCCCUCUGGUCUUAGAUUCACCCACUAUAGGAAACAUCCUCUCUACAUGUUUAAUAUUCAACAGGUUUCAAUGAGAUCACCCCUGAUUUUUCUAAACUCUGGUGAAUACAGGCCCAGAAGCAUCGACCCUCCUCAUAUGUUAACCUUUUUCUUCCUAAGGUCGUUCUUGUGGGCUUCCUCUGGACCCUCUCCAAUGUCAGCACAUAUUUUCUUAGAUACGAGGUCCAAAACUGCACACAAUACUUCAAAUGUGGUCUGACCAAUGCCCUGUAAACCCUUAGCUUUACAUCCUUGCUUUUAUAUUGUAACCCUCUGGAUAUGAAUGCUAACACUGCAUCUGCUUCCCUUGCCAGCAAUGCAGUCCGCAAGUUAACUUUUAGAGAAUCCUUCACAAAGACUCCCAAGUCCCCUUGCAUCUCUGAUUUUUGAAUUUUUGGCCUUUUAGAAAAUAGACUACACCUUUAUUCCUUCUAACCAAGUGCAUGACCAUUCACUUUCCUAUAAUAUUUUCCAUCUGUCACUUCUUUGCCCAUACUGCCAAUCUUCCUCAAGUCUUUCUGUUGACUUCCUGUUUCCUCAACACUACCUGCGUCUCCACUUAACUUCAUAUCACCCACAAUCUAGGCCACAAAGCCAUCAAUUCUGUCAUCCAUAUCAUUGACGUGUAUCAUGCAAAAGAUUGGUCCUGACAUUGACCCCUGCAGAAUACUAGUUACCAUCAGCCAACCAGAAAAAGGUCCCUUUAUUCUCACUCUGCCUACUGCCCAUCAACCAAUCUUCUAUCUAUGCUAAAAUCUUCCCUGCAAUACUAUGGGCCCUCAUCUUGUUAAACAGCUUCAUGUGUGGCACCUUGUCCAAGGCCUUCUGAAAAUCCAAGUGAACAACAUCCCCAGACUGUCCUUCGUCUAUCAAAAAAAAACAAUUCAACAGACUUGUCAGGCAAGAUUUCCCUUUAAGGAAACCAUGUUGACUUUGACCUAUUUUAUCAUGUACUUCCUAGUACUUCCAAACCUUAUCCUUAAAAAUGGAAUCCAACAUCUCCCCAACCACUGGAGUAGGGCUUCCUUUCUUCUGUCUCUCUCCCUUUUUAAAGAGUGGAGUGACAUUUGCGAUUUUCCAGUCUUCUGGAAAUGUUUCAGAAUCUGGUGAAUCUUGAAAUAUCCAUACUACUGUCUCCACAAUCCCUUCAGUUAUCUCUUUCAAAACAAUUGGCUGUAGUGCAUCUGGUCCAGAUGACUUGCCCUCCUUCAGACCUUUUGGCUUCCCAAGCCUCAUCUUGGUAAUAGCAACUACACACACUUCUGCCAACCUGACACUUGAAUUUCUGGCAUAAUGGUAAUGUCUUCCAAAGUGAACACUAUUGAAAAAUACUUACUAAGUUCAUCUGCCAUUUCUUUGCCUCCAUUACAAACUGAAGAUGAUUAAUAUUCUCGCAGGCAUGUUUGUUAGAACUGUUAGGGAAGGUUUAAACUAAUUUGGCAGGGGGAUUGGGAAGCGGAGAUAAGGGACUCUGGAUAGGAUGGGUGAUAAAAAAGCAAAGAUAGCAUGCAGACAUGUUGUUAGGAAGGGCAGGAAGAUGAUAGGACAAAAUUGCAGCCUGCUGGGUAAGUAUCAGUGCAUUCGGGAUACAGAAUCAAAAAGGGUAGCAAAUACAGUACUCAAAGCUUUAUAUCUCAAUGGGCAGAAUAGAAGAAAUAAGGUAGAUAAUCUUUUUGCCCUUUUACAGGAUUGUUGGGUAUGAAUUGGCCAUCACUGGAUUUCUUGGUGUUCAUCUGGCAGAGAAUCUCACUUGCUCCCUCAACACCAGCUCCAUAGCAAAGAAAGCCCAGCAGCAUCUCUACUUUCUGCAAAGGCUGAGAAAAGUCCAUCUCCUACCCCCCACCCCCAUCCUCAUCACAUUCUACAGGGGUUGUAUUGAGAGCAUCCUGAGCAGCUGCAUCACUGCCUGGUUCAGAAAUUGCACCAUCUCGGAUCGCAAGACCCUGCAGGAGAUAGUGAGGUCAGCUGAGAAGAUCAUAGGGGUCUCUCUUCCCGCCGUUACAGACACUUACAUCACACGCUGCAUCUGCAAAGCAAAUAGCAAUAUGAAGGACCCCAUGCACCCCUUAUACAAACUCUUCUCCGUCCUGCCAUCUGGAAAAAGGCACCGAAGCAUUUGGGCUCUCAUGACCAGACUAUGUAACAGUUUCUUCUCCCAAGCCAUCGGACUCCUCAAUACCCAGAGUCUGGACUGACACCAACUUACUGCCCUCUACUGUGCCUAUUGUUCAUUAUUUAUUGUAAUGCCUGCACUGUUUUGUGCACUUUGUGCAGUUCUGGGUAGGUCUGUAGUCUAGUGUAGUUUUUGUGUUUUACGUAGUUCAGUGUAGUUUUUGUUUUGUUUCAUAUAGCACUGUGGUCCUGAAAAACGCCAUCUUGUUUUUACUGUGUACCGUACCAGCAGUUAUGGUCAAAAUGACAAUAAAAAAUUACUUGACUUACACAUUGUAUUGGAGGUAUAGGAAGGUAGGCGGAGGGGGUACUAUUGUUCUUCUGUUAAGGAAUGGCAUCAAAUCAUUAGAAAGAUGUGAUGUAGGAUUGGAAGAUGUUGAAUCCUUGUAGAUUGAGUUAAGAAACUGCAAGGGAGAAAGGAUCCUGAUGGCAGUCAUGUGCAGGCCUCCAAGCAGGAGCUGGGAUGUGGACUACAGAAUACAACAAGAAUUAGAAAAGGUGUAUCAAAAGGACAAUGUUAUGAUAGUAUGGAAGAUUUUACCAUGCAAGUAGAUCAGGAAAAUCAGGUUGGUAAUGGAUCUCAAGAGAGUGAAUUUGUUGAAUGCCUAUGAGAUGGCUUUUCAGAGCAGCUUGUACUUGAACCUACUAGGGGAUCAGCUGUAUUGGACUAGGAGAUGGGAAUGUUUAGGAGGGUGUGAUCACAAUAUGAUUGAGUUCAACUUGAAAUUUGACAGGGAGAAAAUAAAGUCUGAUGUAGCAGUAUUUCAGUGGAGUAAAAGGAAUUACAGUGGUAUGAGAGAGAAUUGGCCAAAGUAAAUUGGAAGGAGACGCUGGCAGGGCUGACAGCAGAGCAGCAACGGCAUGAGUUUCUGGGGGGAAAAUGAGGAAAGUGCAGGAUAUAUACCAAAAACAAAGAAAUACUCAAUUAGCAAAAUAAUACAAGCCAAGGGAGGUCAAAGCUAAUGUAAAAGCAAAAGAGAGGGCAUAGAACAAAGCAAAAAUUAGUGGGAUGAAAGAGAAUUGGGAAGCUCUUAAAAACCUACAGAAGGCAACUAAAAGAAUCAUUAGAAGGGAAAAGAUUAAAGCAGGUUAGCUAAAAAUGGGAUUAGGAAAACCUUUUCCAAAUAUAUAUAAAAAAAAUAAAAGAGGGAUGAGAGUGGACAUAGAACCACUAGAAAAUGAGGCUGGAGAAAUAAUAACGGGGGUCAAGGAGAUGGCAGAUGAACUAAUUGAGUAUUUUGUAUCAGUGUUCACUAUGGAAGGCACUAGCAGUGUGUCAGGUAUUGAAGAGUGUGAAGGAAGUGAGUGCAGUUACUAUUACAAGGGAGAAGGUGCUUACAAAGCUUAUAAACCCUAAAAGAUGCAUAAAACACCCAGACCAGAUGAACUGCACCCUAGGGUUCUGAAAGAGGUUGGAAAAUGCGUGUUCAUGCACUUUGGUAGCAGAAAUAAAUGUGAAGACUAUUUUCCAAAUGGAGAAAAUCCAAAAAUCUGAGAUGCAAAGGGUCUUGGGAGUCCUUGUGCAGAACACCGUAAAGGUUAACUUGCAGGUUGAGUUGGUGGUGAGGAAGGCAAAUGCAAUGUUGGCAUUCAUUUUAAGAGGUCUUGAAUACAAGAGUAGGGAUGUGAUGCUGAGGCUUCAUAAGGCACUGGUGAGGCCUCACCUUGAAUGUUGUGAACAGUUUGGGGCUCCUUAUCUAAGAAAAGAUGUGCUGGCAUCGAGAGGGUUCAGAGGAUGUUCACAAGGAUGAUUCUGGGAAUGAAAAGGUCAUUGUAUGAGGAACAUUUGAUGGCUCUGUAUCUGUACUCACUGGAAUUUAGAAGGAUGAUGGGGGAUCUUAAAUCGAAUGUUGAAAGGCUUAGACAAAGUAGAUGUGGAAAGGAUGUUCCCAUGCUGGGGCAGUCUAGGACAAGAGGGCACAGCCUCAGGAUAGAGGGGCAUCCAUUUUAAAUAGAGAUGUGAGAAAUUUCUUUAGGCAGAGAAUGGUGAAUUUGUGGAAUUUGUACCACAUGCAGCUGUGGAGACCAGGUUGUUGAGUGUAUUUAAGCAGAGAUUGAUAGGUUAUUGAUUGGGCACAGCAUCAAAGGUUAUGGGGAGAAGGUCAGGGAGUGGGGCUGAGGGGACGAAAGAAAGAUCAGCCUUGAAUGAAAGGUGAAGCAGACUGGUUGGGCUAAAUGGCCUAAUUCUGCUCCUAUGUCUUCUGGUAUAUGUUCUUACUACUUCUCCAGUGUCAUUUUUCAGUUGUCUGAUAUCCACUCUCACCUCUCUUUUACUCUUUAUAUAUCUAAUUUUGCUAUAUUAUAUGCCCCCUCUUUUGCUUUUAUGGUGCCUUUGACUUCUCUUGUCAGCUUUAGUAGUGCCAUCCUCCCUUUAGAAUACUACUUCAUCUUUGGGAUGUAUUUAUCCUGUGCCUUCCACAUGGCUCCCAGAAACUACAGCAAUUGCUGUUUUGCCGUCAUCUCUGCUAGUGCCCCCUUCCAAUCAAUUAUGGCUAGAUCCUCUCAUGUCUCUGUAAAUCUGUUUAUUCCACUGUAAUAAUGAUACAUCUGACUUUAGCUUCUCUUUUUCAAACUGCAGAGUGAAUUCUACCAUAUUAUGAUCCUGCUACCUGAAGAUUUCUUUACCUGAAACUUACUCAUUAAAUCUUUUUCAUUACAUAACGCCUGAUCUAGAAUUGCCCUUCCCCUAGUGGGCUGAACCACAAGCUACUCUAAAAAGCCCUCUCAUAGGCAUUCUACAAAUUCCCUCUCUUGGGAUCCAGCACCAACACGAUUUUCCCAAUCUACCUGCAUAUUGAAAUCUGUCUUGACUAACAUAAGAUUGCCCUUUUUAUGUGCCUUUUCUAUCUCCCGUUGUAAUUUAUAUCCCACAUCCUGGCUACUGUUUCCAGUAAGAACUGUUUACCCUUGCAGUUUGCAGUUUAAUUCUUCUCUCAAAGAUUCUACAUCUUCUGAUCCCAUGCCAACUCUUUCUAAGGAUACAAUUUCAUUUUUUAUCAACAGAGCCAUCACCCCACCCCCAACCCCCACCUAGCUGCCUGUCCUAUUGAUACAGUGUGUAUUGUUGGAUGUUAAGUUCCGAACUAUGAUCUUUGAGCCACAGCUCAGAGAUAUCCACAAUGCCCACAACCAACCAAUAUCUAACUGCACUAUGAGAUCAUCUACCUUAUUCCGUACAUUGUGUGCAUUCAAUUAUAACACCUUCACCCUUAUUGAUAAUCACCCUUAUUGAUUUUAUCCCUGCCCCGUUACACUUUAACUCAUCCUACUGACUACAAUUUUGCUCUAUCCUUCCUCAUAGUCUCACUACACAUAGCAUCUAUGGUACUUGCAUACUAAAUGCCCCAUCCUCCGCCCUAUUACUCUGUUCCCACACCCCCGCCAAAUUAUGUUAAACCCCCCUCCCCCCCCAUCAACACUAGCAAACCUGCCUGCAAGAAUAUUGGUCCCCCUGAAGUUCAGGUGUAACAUGUCUUUUUUGUUUAGGUCAUAUCUUCUCCAGAAGAGAUCCCAAUAAUCCCAGAAAUCUGAAACCCUGUAUCCUGCACCACUUCCAUAUCCAUUUAUUCAUCCAUACUAUUAUCGUGUUCCUGCCGUAGCUAGCAUGUGUUACUAAGAGUAAUCAUUCAUGCCAACAGAAUCUCCUGCCUGCUUCUCUAUCUAUGGAAUCCAUUAUCGCUACUGCAUUCCUCCCCUUUCCCUUCUCAGCUGCAAAGCCAGGCUCAGUGCCAGAGACCUUGUCUCUAUGGCUUCCUAUUGGUAGAUUAUUCCCCCAACGGUAUCUAAAGCACUGUACUUAUUAGUGAGGGGAGUAGACACAAGGGCACUCUGCACUGGCUUACUAUUUCCUUUCCCUCUCUUGAUAGUCACCCAGGUACCUGUGCCCUGUGAGUGAUUACCUCCCUGUAGUUUCUAAUACCUUUUUCUCCGUGAGAGCCAAAGAUCUUUCAGUUGCGGUUCCAAUUCUUUUUCAUGGUCUCUAAUGAGCUACAGGUCGAUGCAUUUUGUGCUGAUGUAGUUAUCAGGGAAAGUGGAGGUCUCUCAGAAUUCCCACAUCUCAUAUAGCCAUUAGCUCUGGACCCAUUCUCACAGCACUAGCUACAGUAUGUAUUAAUAGACAAAGAAAGAGAAAAAAAAUAAUAGAAACUUACUUAAAGCCUGCUCCUGUUUUCACCUAAGCCUGUUGAGUCAGUGUCUGAUCAAUCUAACACUGGCCCACUCAAACAAUGUCUGCUUCCACAAUGGCGGCUUCACUAAAACCCUGCUUCUUUUUAUUGGCCUUUGCUAAGUGCCUAAUAUAUCAUUAUGAUUGCAACCCACCGGUAAGUUCUAUAAUGUUCUGAACUGUUUUUAAACUUCACAUUAUCUCAGCCAGACAAGUGACUGCUUGUGGUGACUGCAGCCUGCCAAAAAAAGAAUUUCACAGUGGUUUGCAGAUAGAGAAUGAGAAGAGCAUGGAUUCUUCAAUACAGUAUUGGAGGUUCUGUGAGUGGACAAUUUCUCUUCCUCCUGUCUGCGCUUAGUUCAAAGAGCCCAUAUCUUUCAUGUAGCUUUUGUGGAGAGCAACACUAUACUUGGAACUGCUGGAGAUGUAUAUAGAAGCACUACUCUGGAGCUCCAACAAUGUGUGGCCAGGUGGAACAGAGAAUUGUGUCUAUUGUUUCCAGCAGGAGGGAAAACAGCAUGGGUCAUUCAUCCGCAAAUGGCCUUAAAAGCAUGCCCCCACGGGUGCUUGGGUCAUUGUCUAGUCCAUAGGGGAGGUUAGUAGCAGCAUUGCUGAUCCCUUUGGUUGAUUUAGUCUAGUGACCAUGUGUACCUGUGUGAGGUGUGUUACUUUUGCAGUUCUUUUUCUACAUAGCAGGAUGUGACUGAGUGAGUCACUGCUGUGGCUUUUUAUUUAAUGCCUUUUGCUCAACUUGAGGCUGUGGUAUUUGUAUAGUUAGUCUUAAACCUCCAUGUGAACCUGAGGCACUGAUGUGUAUUAACUUUAACUACUCACUUUAUUGUACUUUAUUUGGUCUGAUGAUAACUCAGGAGCUGUAUUUUAUGUGAAAUCUGACUUGCCUCUGUAUACACAAUGUUUUUAACAAAACUGCAGUUUGUUAAUAAAAAUUUGUGAAA